AUGUAUAUUCUAUGUGAAAAGUUGCAUAUCGUGUUGCUCUUAGCCUGCAUAAUACAUAGGGCGCUAGAAGCAGUAGCUCUAGUGACCAGGAGACAAGUUCGUGGAAGCUUAUCUGGAGCUUGCAAAUUCCACCAAAAGUUCGUCUUUUCCGAUGGAGAUUUUUACACGAUAAUCGAGCCACCAAGGAAAACUUAUUUAGAAGAAGCACAGAGGACUCUCGGCAAUGCUUUACGUGUGUCUGUCAAGUGGAAACACUUCUUCAUAUCUUAUGGCAUGCACGAAGCUAAUGCUGUAGUUGGGCCAACUUUGGUUCAGUCUCGUGAUCAAGAGACAUCAACAUGGCAAGCACCUCCUCACAAAUGGUUUAAGCUAUAUAUGGAUGCUGCUUUAAGCUCAAGUUGUGGCUUGGGAGUGGUGAUUCGUAAUCAAUUCAGGGAAGUUAUGCUUAGUGCUUGUAAAGGAAUUCAGCCUCAACGAUCUAUUGCUAUGGGAGAGGCUCAGGCUGCAACCUAUGGUCAAAAGAGACAGGAUCUUUCAGAAGACCAUUCCAUAAGUUCAGUAUCUUGGGUUUAUUGUUCCCCCACUCAAGUCACACCCACUAUGGUCUUGGUGACCAAUUAA